GAGAGAGAGAGAAAGAGAGAGAGAGAGAAUGUUAUGCAACUAGUUAUGCAACUGUGACCUACUAACAUAUAUUUCGAGCACAGCGAGGGCGGGAGGACAUUGGAGCGCCUCAACAACACAACACGAGGAACCAAAAUACGAGUCACACUGAACGCGUGCCCGUAUCCGAGCAGAGCGCUGAACGAGAAUCGUGACACUUUGCAUGUCUUAGCGAUUUCUGUCUAUCCGACACCGGCUGUACAGCGACCAGCGGCUGUGUUGUGGCGAUUCAUUUGGAUACGCGUGGAAAAAGCACCAACGCCUUCUAACACAUAGCCAUCUGGAGGCUCAGAUAGAGGUUGCACUCCGCCCCACUGUCUGACAAGCCGAGACAGACUGAGUGACCUACAUCCUGCAGGACGCCUGGAGCACCGGAGUGUAUCUCUGCCAGCUUAUUAACAUAGCUUUGUUCAAAAGUGAGAAAUCCAACCUGAAAUCAAGCAAAAGAAACAGGUCAAACUGGCCCUAAGAUUCACAUUCUUUUUUUUUUCACCCUAUUUAUCCUAUUGACUGUUGGAGUGGCUGGUUUGGGAGUCCACUGGAUGAUUAACACUGGUUUAAUGCAGGAAACAAUCACAGAGGCUCACCUUUUUUUGAUAUUUUUAACCAAUCUGGAAACUUAGCAGAAAUAUUUUAUUAUUAUUAUUAUUGUUAAAGGAACAGCAAAAUCAAUGAGGUUGACCCCAUCUGCUGUUAAACCACCUCACAAGAUUUUUGCAGACCCAGCUACUUAGUCCAACCUUCAAGACUACUAAUAGGAGGGAGACCUUACAGCCUUUUUAUUACCACCUUUCCCCUCCACCCUUGGAUCCCCCAUUAGAAGAUUUCAAACUGGAUUCCUCUAAAGAAUAAUGGAAAGCUUAAACCCACAAAGCCCGGCAAAUUCCAGUGUAGACAAAACUAUAGAGGACAAAGAAACUUUCUCGGGCUAUAACAACACUCUUCCUUCACCCAAAGGCACCCCUCGUUCUGUCCGUCUUUUAAAAGCCAAGCCAAACAUGACCUGCCGGCGUAAACGUGAGUUUAUCUCUGAUGAAAAGAAAGAUGCCUCCUACUGGGAGAAACGCCGCAAGAACAACGAAGCAGCUAAGCGCUCCCGGGAAAAACGGAGACUCAAUGACAUGGUUUUAGAGAAUAGAGUUAUUGCACUGAAUGAUGAGAAUGUACGUCUAAAAACAGAACUUCUGCAGUUGAAGCUCAGAUUUGGCCUCAUCAGUGCAGCCUCCUACAUGGAGAAGAGCCAGCAAAUUGGAGGUACAAUGAAUGGAACUUCUGCAUGCUCUUCCUCUUCUUCUAGUCAUUUCUACCCAAACGGCUACUCCAGUGGCUCUCAGAUGAUGAACUCUGAUUCGUCAGAGGCUGAGCAGUCCGUCCGGGGUGAGGGACUUGCCCAAUUAGUUAAGUACUCUCCUCGGGGUUCUCUCUCAGAUAUGUCAGAUGGUUCUUCCCGUGACAGUCCAGAGCCAAUGAACUAUGAUAUCAAGCAGGAAGGGACAGGAAUAGAUAUGGACAUUGGAAACAGCACGACCACACCAAUUAUGUUUAACAUCCGUCGUGAUUUGUCCACACCACAUCACCAACAUACGUUUCAGUCUGGAUUUCACAGUCACCAACAACAGCACCAGCACCAAGAGACUGUAGUCAGCACUGCUGCACCUCCAGUGCAGACUGCUCAAAGAAGUGUCAUCCUGUAUCGUUCCAGCAGUGUCUCAUAUCCUGUUGAGAGUUCAAGACCUCAGGAAAUCGCUCAACAGAAACUGCCACAGAUCCUACUCCAGCCUACAGAUGGAUCUACCAAAAGCACUGAAAGCCUAGCGGAGGCAACCAGUCAGCAUGAAAGUAAGACUUUAGACACACUGCCUUAUGAAUACUCAGAUGGAGAAGCAGCAAUGGAACAAGUAUACAGGGCCCAGCACCAGCAGCUUGGGUCUAGUUGUCAGAAGGCUGAGACCAUGGCACCAGACCUUUGCAGACAAGAGGGUGAAGAGCUGUACCACUAUGACAGUCCACAGGAUGAGGAGCCUCCAGUACUGAGUUAUGAAGGAGGUCCCAGGAAGGAAGGGUAUUAUCAGGGUCACUCAGGAAAGGACACCUCUUUAAGUGACGGUGAUCCCCGCAAUUCUGACAAAGAUGCAUCCACUGAUGAUGAGUGCCCAUCUUCAUUUUGUUCUGAAACUGGCAGUUAUCACCAGCAAUCUCCUUUGGCUGGAGGACCAAGUUCCUCCCCACAAAGCCAAAGCAGAGACAGUCAAGCAGAGGUCAAAGGUACAGCACUACCGCACAAACUACGCCUUAAGCACAGAUCUUUGAGCAAUGCUGGAUCAGCAACUCAAGAAUCACCAACUACACCACCAGCACAUGUGCAUCCAUUACCUCAGCACCCUUACCUGGCUUUGCCCCAGACCAACCAGCAACUUCAGGUUGGUUGAAAAAGGGAGAGCUAGGCAUUAAGGGCCAGCCGACCCCAGAGUUCUGCAAGCAGGCCAGAAGAAAGAAGUAUGGAUUAGAAAGUGAAAAUCAUGAUGUAUGCAAUAGAAUAACUUGGGGUGAAGGACAUGAUGGAACCCACUGUGGUAGUAUGCUAAAUGACCUAUCCUUUAGCCUCUUCCCAGCUGGUGUCGGUAUGCACUGGGAGCGAAGACACGUCCCCAAAAGGAGACAGAACUUCUGGGUAAACUGUAUUAUACUGUAAAGACUUUGUUUCUGCAUCUCAUCCCACACUUACAAAAAGCACUUGUGCAGCCAAUGAGAGGAGUGAACAAACAAUGUUCACUUUUUUUUUCCCCAAUCCCAAUUUGUUAUAACAUGAUGUCAAGGUAACAGCAAACAUGGCAAUAGCAACCAAUUGUGAGGCAUUCUGACCUACUCACUAACUGUAAAUACCUACUGGUUUGUGUCAUUUUUUAUACCAAAUCAGAGGCUAGCUGUUCACCACAGAACAUAUCAAAAUAUCUGAGCAUUCUGGGAAUUUUCCCUUGACCAAAGAAAGAUAAUAGCUUUACAUUUCAUACCUCUACCACACACCUUUUUCAUUUUCCCCAAUUCCUAUUCCUGAACGCAUACUCACAAUCCCGGACACCACUUUCUCUUGUCUACGCACUUGGUUUGUAUAUUACUGUGAUAUAAUUAUUAUAUAAAAUCUAUAUUUUAAGAAUAAAAUCAAGUUGUUUUUGGAAAAAAAAGAGUGAAAAAAUACAGGGGCAAAAAAGGAUUUAGAUGACUCACUAAUUUGUCAAAAAUACUGUAUAGUAUCAUUGUGUUUACUUUUCAGGUGUCAUUAAAGUACUUUUUUUAUUGUUUAAUUUUUAUUUUAAAAAGUUCCCAUUGUGCUUCGCAACUUACCCCUUUAAAGAGAAUUCCAAAAUGCCCCAAACUGAUCAAUCAAAAAAAAAAAAAGCUGAGGUCUGUGGAAUGUCUAAAAUUUUGGAAGGAAAUAAAAUGCAACCAAGAGGAUUGUUUUCACAGGUCCAGUUUCUUACAAAUGGGUAACUGAGAUAUACAAGAUAUACCAGUAUUAAGGAGCUGCUCUUUGCCAUAAUUUUAAUGUCCUGCCCUUGAACCCUGACUUAACCAUGACCAUGCAACUCACUGAUGAUCACAGAAUUUGUAUGUCUACUGUAGACAGAACUCUAAAUAUUUCCCUAUACGUUUCACAGUCAGUACUCUUACUAAGGACAGGAACAAUCUAACUUAUUUUGUGAUAUAUAUUUUUUAAUAUGCCUCAUUUAGGCUCACUGUCUUUUUUUAUUAUUAUUUUAUUUUUAAGUCAAGUCUACAUGUCAUGUCUGGCAUAGAGCACUUAUUAAUGUAUAAAUGUAAAGUUUCUUCUACCCUGGAUGACACUGUAUUCUGUGUGUUUUUUUUAUUAUGUGUGAUUUUUGAAAAGUGUUGUCCUGUUUUUAUGUAUUGAAACACCCAUCUGUCAUCUUCACACCCCGUCCCCGUUUUAAAGUCUUUUCCCUCAUUCUAUCAAUGUGUAUUAAAUUCAGUGAUUUUUCGUGUUUUCUGUUCAUAAUUUCAUGGAAAAAAAAAUUCAAAGACUCAACAAGACUUGUGUUAUGGAGUGGCACUGUUAUCACGCUUUCUGUUUUGAAAUGGAUUCAUGAUGUUACAACACUAAAAUCCAUCAAAGGCAAUGGGUGCAUUUGAAAAAUGAGGUAAAAAAAAAAAAAACAAGAAUAAAAAGGAUGUUGCU